GGAGAGGGGAAGAGAGUGAGUGAACUAGAAAAAAGUGUGGAGUGUGCUAUCUGUGAAGAGUUUGAAGUACAAGUUCAUUGAAAUUGAGUGGCUAGUUCACACUUCACUGAAGUGAAGAGUUCAUUUGAACGACUCAUUCACGAGCUCCUCAUGACUAAUCGUGUGAUAAGGGCUGUAGUUCAAAACACACAUCUGAUAGAACUGCUGCAAUGCAGUGUCUGCAUAAUAAGCUUAGCGCAUUUCUAGAACAAUGGGGCAACGUGUGAACACGAGAGCGCAUAUGUAUACAGUGCACUCAUUCCACAAGUUUUGAGUGUGUGUGUGUUCGUUUAUAUGGGCCUGCGCUCCCGUGGUCGGUGCUAGCGCAAGAGGAAAGAGACAUCGUGUGGAAGUACUUUUACAGAGCUAUAUGAAAAUUUAAUUAAUGUCAUUGAAAUGCAGUGAAUGAAGAUACAAGAAAUCAUAUCAGCGAAAUCCAAGUAAGAAAUGCUGAACUUGCAAUAUGAAUGACGAUUCUAACCUUCAUGAUUAUGAUACCAUUCAAUAUUUCGUUAUCUCCGUCAACAUCGGUAAUGUGGUUCAUCUUCAGCGAUAUUACUCCGUGUCUUCAGCUGCUGAGAGGAAUCUGAUUUGAGUAGUAGUUAACAUGUCUAAACAUGACAGAACGAGAAGUGGAUCCUACAGUUUCUCGUGCAAUUCGAUUGAUGAUGUCUCGAACAAAGGAAAGCCAGGAACAGCUAAGGAUGAUGGUGGAGGAUGAAAUACAGAAGAGGACUGGAAAGAACAUGGGACAUCUCUUGCGUCCUGUGGAUUCAGUCCUCGAUGUUGCAGAUAGUAACACAAGAAAAAAGAAUCUUGAGAUAAGAACUGUAAGUUUACACAUUGAAGAAGCACCAAAAGAUUCACAUAUGAAUGAAGAAUUUGAUGAUGAAGACAAUGACUCUGAGAUCAACUUGGAGAUACUAGAAGAGGAUCUGACAUGUAUUGUCUGCAGAGGAAUGGAUGUGGCUCCUAGGAAUCGCCUCAUUGAAUGCACAGAGUGCCAUUCAUUAUACCAUCAAGAGUGCCACCAGCCACCUGUUGGUGAAGCUGAUAUGGAAGACCCAAGAUCAAUAUGGUACUGUACAGACUGCUUGAAAACAAUUAACAGAGCUGUGUCUAAGCCACAUGCUUCACCAAAAUCAACUGUGAAAGACCCUGUCUCAACUGUGAAGCCUACAUUGAAAGCUGAAUCUGCACCACCAACUCUUGUAUUCAAAAGAACAGAAAAGCCUUUCCAGAUACCAAUUAAUCAAGCAACUAGCAAAAGUGGCUCUCAAGGCAUUGUGGGAAUGGCUGGAUUAGCAACAAGUAUUCAGGCGGCCCAUCAUUCCAGUAAGCAGACAUAUGUUGGUGCAGGAGGAAAGCCUAGUCUGGUAUCUUCAUUUCCUCAAGGGAUCAAAACCUUUGGAGGUUCUCCUGUUUCUGCCUCAGCUUGUAUUUCCAAGCAAAUGACAGCACAAUCUUCAUCUGGAACAACCUCUGAUUCUAAUAUUAAUUCCAUUACUACAAUAACAUCAACACCUACUGCUGUUCUUACAACUGGUGGUGGUGGUGGUGGUGGUGGUGGUGGUGGUGGUGGUGGUUCUGCCGCUGCUGCCACUACUACUACAGCCUCUGCAACUGGAUCUUCAUCUAAAUCAUCUGUGGUACCCAAAAUAAAUGUUAUUUCUGCCGACAAAAGACUAGCAAAUAUGAAGAAGAAAGCUGCAAAACUGCAGGAGAAAAGGAAACAUUCAAAAUGACAGUACUAUUUAUUAAUAUAAUAUUAAAUUGUUGACAAUGUAUAUGUAAUUAGCUUAUUUUUAUUGCAUGAUUGUCAAUAUUGGAACCAGUUACUUGUUCAGUUUUAUUUUCUCAUGAUAGUACAAUGCAGUUUGCUUAUUCAGCAGUCCACUGUGCUAAGACUGUUCAAUGUAUAGUUGCCACUUUUAAAAACAGAUAAGAUCAGACAGGAAUUCUUGUUAUUUUACUCCCAGCAAUGAAAUAAUUUGCAAGUGUGAAUCUUUAGCAGAAACUGAAUGUUGUUCUUUCUCUCUGUUUUACAGAAUAUUUUUAGUUUAUAUUUUUACAACCAGUGAGUAGAUUUCCAACCAGUGUACCAAAAUAAAUGUGUAAAAUAAAUAUUAAUAUCACUCUUUGAUGUAUGUUAUACCACUUGAUAUAUACCUUGCUUUUGAAUGUAUGACUACUAGUAGUAGUAGUAGUAGUAGUAGUAUUGGAUUAGUAUGUAGGGCAUUCCACAGUUUAUAGACUGUUUGUAAUAACCUUGGAAAAUACCACACUUUUUAACACUGAUAGAUUCGACGUAUUUGUUGCCGUAUUCUUGGUCUGUAAACUUGGCCUUUCUCUCAUCCAAUAAAUAACAUUUGGUCUUGUGCACUACUCUAACUGUAUGAUAUCCAAGUGAAUUUUUAUCUGUGUAGUGUAAUAUGUAACAUGUGGCCUCAUUUAAAAAUUAACAAGACAUUAGGGAAAAAUCGGGAAGUGAGUGCUUAAAAUGUAACCUAGUGUUAAUUUACGCUAGAAAAAUGAGAACAGGAGCUAUAUUGACUCUGAGAGAUAAGGCAUCUGUUAAGGAGUUAGUUCUGGUCAUUUCUAUCAGUGCUCAAAAAAUUAAAAAAAUUGUUGCAACCAGUACACAGUUUUGAUACACUGGUUGUAAACACAUUGAUUGUACAGAAAAAAUUAUCGUGUAAAACAGAGAGAGAGAGAGAGAGAGAGAGAGAGAGAGAGAGAGAGAGAGAGAGAAUGAGAAUAAUACUCAGUUUCUGCUAAAGAUUCACAGGCAAUUAAAUUAGAAACAUACUAGCAAGCAGAAUAGAGCACAAGAUUGUUUGCAAUUUACAAGAUGGAUAAAAAAGGAGGCAUAUCAAAUAUAUCAAUGUUAACAGUGUGGCAUUAUCAAGGUAAUUUCAAGCAGUCCAUAGACUACGCAAUUGUCUCAUAUUCCUUUAUCAGCUUAUACUUUUAAUCCAAUAACAUUACUAUUUACAUGUUCUCAAGCAAUUAAGUUUUGAGCUCUCAUACUUACCAGCUUUCGUCUCUGAUAUACAUGUGUGCUGCUCUUUAAUGAAAUUGGUGUGAGCCUGUACCAGCACAAAUGGGUUUCUUUGGAAAGAGUGAGGUAAAUAUUUUUAUAAAUGAAGUAACAGGUAUCACAGGAAAUUCCUGAUGUUAUGCAAGGAGUAAAGUUGAGGCUGAUUUCAAGGUAUUAAAAUCUCAUUUAAAUUAAAAGCAGAUUGUGUGAUUGAGUCCAUUUCUGCUCACUGGGAGGACAGUUGUAGGGUUUAAAAAUCUCACUGAAAUGGAUAUCAUUAGAUAUGGUCUGCUCAUCCGAGAUUGUUGGUAGGAGCUUGGGUGAAAGCAUUUUCGGAAGAGUAAGUGACUGUAUUACAGUGGCUGUAGAUGUAUAUUAUUAACUGCUAUUCUGCAUCAAUGUAUGCAUUAUUAUUAUAUACCAUUGCAAAAACAAAUUUAAGCUGUAAUGGUGGUGGUGGUAACAACAUAUAAAUUUAUUACUUUUUUUACUCACCUGAAUUGGAAUCUUGUGUGAGAUGUUAACAAACAAAUAUACUGUUACAGAAUUA